AUGAUAGGUGAGCACAGUUCUGUUCCGUUUCAAUUAAAGUUGGCAAUGAUAAAUUUUUCGCAUCAACCAGCGUAUGGAUUAAUUCUGCCUGGCAAAAGAAAUCAGUGUACAACUGUCAUUUGCCCAUCCUAUGUGGCUGGUCGUAAAAGGGCUAGGUUAGAUUUCCUAUCAGAGGAAGAGAAGGCGAUACGGAGGAAACUUCUCAAUCGUGAAGCCGCUCAGAAAGCUCGGGACCGUAAGAAGGACACAAUCCGUUCUAUGGAACAAUGUAUUCAAGAUCUCCAAGUGGAGAACUUCAAACUUCGCCAAACCAUAAACUCACUUAAGAAUAAGUGUCGCGAUCAUGAAUUAAAGUUCAUAUCGCUACGGCAGGAAAUUAAGGCCUUUACUGAGAUUUCGAAGUGUAAGAGGAGGAGACAGAUUGAGCCCAUUGAGUCGGCAGUACUCAUUCCUCAGCAGCAGGUUCUGGUUCUCUGUCUGCUCGCUCUUUCAUACCUUCAUCUUCUCAGCAGAGUCCAGGUUACAAUUCCGUCUUCGCAAGUGUCCGAAAACUCAGCCGAUGAGGUAGAAAUAGGUCCGAUCGAUUCGUCCCCUUCCUUAUACGACACGAUCUACAGGUCCUUUCAAACAAACGAAUUGUUCGAUGAUAUUUCCUUGGCCCCGUCUUCCUGUUCUGACGAUAGUCUGGAUGACAUUCUUCAAUGCUUAGGGGCAGACAAGGUGGAUAGUUGCUUUCUCCCCUUUCAAGAAUCUUGA